AUGGAUCCCAAAUCCGCCUCCCAACCGCAGCAGCAUCGACGGCCGAACGUCGUGUUCGUCCUGACGGACGACCAGGACGUGCACCUGUCGUCGCUGGAGUACAUGCCGUUGGUCAAGAAGCACCUGCUGGACCGGGGGACGCGGUUCGGCAGCCACUACGCGACGACGGCCGUGUGCUGCCCGUCGCGGGUCACGCUGUGGACGGGCAAGUUCGCGCACAACACGAACGUGACGGACGUGAGCCCGCCGUACGGCGGGUAUCCCAAGUUCGUGGAGCAGGGGUUUAACGAGGAUUACCUCCCCGUCUGGCUGCAGGAGGCCGGGUAUAAUGUGUAUUAUACCGGGAAGCUGUUCAACGUGCAUACGGUGGAGAAUUAUAAUUCGCCCGCGCCGGGAGGGUUUACGGGCUCGGACUUCCUACUCGAUCCUUAUACGUAUAACUAUCUGAACAGCACAUUCCAGCGGAACGGCGAAGGGCCACGAAGUUAUGAAGGACAAUAUAGCACCGAUGUACUAGCGGAGAAAGCGUACGGGUUGCUAGACGAAGCUGUUAACGCUGGAAAGCCGUUCUUCCUCGUCGCCGCCCCCGUAGCACCCCACGCAAAUGUUGUUAUGAAGGCUUCGGCUUCGGAUAGCCACCGCGACCUCGAUGACUUGCCUUUCGAGUUCACCGAGCCCGUACCGGCGGAGCGGCACAAGCACCUCUUCAAGGACAAGAAGGUCCCAAGAACUGCUAAUUUCAAUCCUGAUCAGCCUUCCGGCGCAAACUGGAUUUCCCAACUCCCCCGGCAGAACGACAGCAACGUAGAGUACAACGACCACUUCUACCGACAGCGGCUGCGCUCCCUACAAGCCGUGGACGAGCUAGUGGACGGGCUUUUCCGACGUCUCGAGGCGCACGGCGUCCUCGACAACACGUACUUCGUGUAUAGCAGCGACAACGGGUACCACAUCGGGCAGCACCGGCUGCAGCCGGGGAAGAGCUGCGGGUACGAGGAGGACGUGAACGUGCCGCUGAUCGUGCGGGGGCCGGGGGUCGCGGCCAACUAUACAACCGACGGCGCGGGGUCUGGGUUUGUUACUACGCACGCGGACCUCGCGCCCACGUUCUUCGAGCUGUUGGGGAUCGAGCAGCGGGAGGACUUCGACGGCGCGCCGAUCCCGGUGACGAAGGAGGGGAUUGAAGAGGUACUGAGGAGGGGGGAGAGGAGGGAACAUGCGGGGAUUGAGUAUUGGGGGAUGGCGAUGGGUGAGGGGAUUCAUAAUCGGAACCCGCGCGAACACAACACAUACAAGGCUCUCCGCGUUUCGGGGCCGGGGUACAAUUUAUACUAUUCCGUCUGGUGUAAUAACGAGCACGAGCUGUACGAUUUGAGUGUCGACCCAGGCCAGCUCCAUAAUCUUCUUCCCUCCUCGGAAUCUACUGUCCCUUCAACUGCCACGAUAGCCGACUAUCCUGUACCUGUAGAUAAAGUUGCUGCACGCCUUGACGCCCUUCUACUAGUCCUCAAGACUUGCGCAGGCACAACGUGUCAGCGACCGUGGGCGGAGUUGCACCCCGAGGGAGGCGUGCGGACGCUGGCAGACGCUUUGGAGCCGCGAUACGAUAGCUUCUACGAGGCCCAGAAUCGUACUGCUCAUGUAAAGUAUGCGUACUGCGCUAAUGGGUUUUUGCCUGAUGCUGAGGGACCGACGUGGGAGGGCCUGAGGGAUGGGUUGAGAUGGGAGGAUUGGGUUUAA